CAGACUUGUCCCCAUGUACCCUCCAGCACUUGGUCAGUUACAGUGGUUUUCCUAGCUGGGCACUGGUUCCUGUGGUGGUUUCAGCUGGUGACCGUCUGCUCUGGGGAGCAGUGACUCCCUGCAUUCACCUCUCGGUCUCUCCCAGCUGAGGGCAGCAGUUUGUCCUGUGUCGCUGCCACUCUUACAGACCCAGGAAGAACUGUUGAUUUCUCAGUCUGUUCGGACGGCAUGAUGACUUCCAAGCUCCUUACCUGCAGAAACGGAGACUGUGACUUACUGUUGGUGGAAUGGAAAUAGAUCUAACAUUUAUUAAAGCAGUCUUAAUUAUCUACUAAAACUAAAACUCUGCACGCCCUUGGACCUAGCAUGUCCACCUUUGGAUGUGCUAGCAUGAAUGAACAAGGAUGUAAGUACCAGAAUAUGUUCUGGCAGCUGCAUUUCUAAUAUAGGAGUGAAGUAGACGUAUUUACACAUAUGGGAUGCUCUCCAGCUGUUAAAAAGAAACGAGGUAGCGCAAUAUAUCCUUGGGAAGAAGUCCAAGACAUAUCGUGAAAUGGAAGGAGGAAAAAGACAAGUUUCAGUAUGUUUAAGAAUCAGUUUUUGUUUAAAACUUACUCAUGGUAAGAACGAAGGCAUGCUUUAGAGAAGACAGACAAUUUUGGAAGAAUAUAUUCUGGAACAACUAUUGUGUCUUAUGUGAUGAAUACGUAUUUGAGAAUUAGGUAACAAUUCAAGAAAGAACGGGUGAAGACCAACAGGGCUAAUUGAGAACAGUGAGAUGCGACUGGUCAUUUCCAUCACUUUUCCCGACGUCAGGCAAUAACGAGAUAAUAACCUCUGACUCUGAAUUUAAUUGACCUUCUGGGGACAUUACAGUAGGAUAGGCCCAAAUAAAUGGAAAAUUUAAAUCUCUUUGUGCCUCAUUUGCUUUCAGAAGAGGACACGCAGAAGAUGACAAAGGUUCCAAACAAAAGUGUUUUACCAAAAAAAUGUUUUCCUCAUUUGGAGUUUUUUUCAUUGUUAAUCCUUCUAGGAAAAGUCUAUCUCAGGAAAAAUGUACCCCUCUGCAGAAAAGCAGUUUCUUUGGUUCUGUCGUGUCCAGAAGUGCCAGAGGGGACUUGGGUGCCAAAAAGAAAAAGAAGAAACAGAAGAGAAAAAAGGAGAAACCAAAUUCUGGAGGCACCAAGUCAGACUCUGCAUCUGAUUCCCAGGAGAUUAAGAUUCAGCAGCCUUCAAAAAAUCCUGCCAUUCCAAUGCAGAAGCUGCAGGAUAUCCAGAGGGCAGUGGAGCUGCUGUCCGCGUGCCAGGGCCCCGCCAGGAACAUCGAUGAGGCUGCCAAACACAGAUACCAGUUUUGGGACACACAGCCGGUACCCAAACUAAAUGAAGUCGUCACGUCUCACGGCGCGAUCGAGGCGGACAAGGACCACGUGCGCCAGGAGCCCUACUCGCUGCCACAGGGCUUUACGUGGGACACGCUAGACCUGGGGAGCACCGAGGUGGUGAGGCGCUCACUGGCGCCUCUUUUCCUUGCCUACGUUGACUUCAGGGCUCUGCGUCCCCCGGGCUGGCUCCUUCAGUGGCACUGCGGGGUCAGAGUGUCUUCGAACAGAAAACUGGUAGGGUUCAUCAGCGCCAUCCCAGCAAACAUUCGGAUUUACGACAGUGUGAAGAAGAUGGUCGAAAUCAACUUUCUUUGUGUUCAUAAGAAAUUGAGAUCAAAACGGGUAGCCCCCGUGUUAAUUCGAGAAAUAACAAGAAGAGUGAACCUGGAAGGGAUUUUCCAGGCCGUUUAUACCGCUGGCGUGGUUCUCCCUAAGCCAGUGGCCACGUGCAGAUACUGGCAUCGAUCACUAAACCCCAGAAAAUUGGUAGAAGUGAAAUUUUCUCACUUGAGUAGAAAUAUGACUUUACAGAGAACAAUGAAACUGUACAGACUUCCGGAUGUGACAAAGACUUCAGGCUUGAGACCGAUGGAACCGAGAGAUAUCAGAGCAGUUCGAGAAUUAACCAACAGUUACCUGAAGCGGUUUCACCUGGCCCCGGUGAUGGAUGAAGACGAAGUAGCCCACUGGUUCCUCCCCCAAGAGCACAUCAUUGACACGUUCGUAGUGGAGAACUCCAGUGGUAAACUAACUGACUUCCUGAGCUUCUACACACUCCCCUCCACAGUCAUGCACCACCCUGCUCACAAGAGCCUCAAAGCUGCCUACUCAUUCUACAACGUUCACACGGAGACGCCCCUGCUGGACCUCAUGAGUGACGCGCUCAUCAUAGCUAAGUCGAAAGGAUUUGAUGUAUUCAAUGCAUUAGAUUUGAUGGAAAAUAAGACAUUCUUGGAAAAACUCAAGUUUGGUAUAGGAGAUGGCAAUUUACAAUAUUACUUGUACAAUUGGAGGUGUCCAGGAACAGAUUCUGAAAAGGUUGGACUUGUAUUACAAUAGGGGGCUAUUUCCAUUUAUAGAACUCUGACGCCAUCAUUUGUUAAUAUUCCAUUGAAUGAUUCCUGGAACUGCCAUUCCAAAGAAGAAUAAAAGCACAACUUAAGUGAAAUCGAUGCAGUUGGUAACAAUCAGAAAAGAUGGGGGAAAAAAAAUUCAUGUGACCAGUACUACAUAUUUCUAGCUAGAACAUUAACAUUCUUCCUUUCUUUUUUAUCACCGUUUACCUAUUUGUAGGAGGGAUGAAAGGGCACAAAGAGCACAUUCCUCUAAUUUUCAGACUUUUGGCUAUGUCUCGGUGAAGAGGAGGUAUUUUUCCAUUCUCUAGAAGAGGGACUUUUUUAAAUGGAAGAAACAGAAGUCACAGAAACGUAAGAAAAUCUUUGCUAUUGUGUGGAGAUAAACGGCUGCUUUUCUGUUUAUUAAGUGAUGGUCUGUUUGUCUGUGUAGCAGAAUGAAGGAUCCAUUUGGGAAAUUUUUGACUCAUAUUACCUUGCCUGCUAUCAUUUAUGGCAUCGGCACUUCCGUAACUUGAUGAAUCGUGGGUGUUUACAUGUAGAGCAAGAUAAAGAUGUACUGGUGAUGACUACCUUUAUUUCUCCAGAAGCCAAGUUGCCAAAUCAAGGGACACACACAUUUGUACUUUAAUUUUCAACAGGUCAGUAAACUGGCUCAAAAAGUUUUGUGCAAAUAAGGGUGCUCUCGGAGAUAGUAUGCACCAUGCUGACUAGGCUUUGCUGCUGCUGCUGCUGCUGCUGCACAAACUCGUUUUUUUCUCAGCAACAACGAGGAUAUGUGAGGAAAAGAAAAUGAAACCUCUGAAGUCAAAAGAAAUGCCCGGUGGAAUUUAGUGCUAUCAGGACAUUGAUAGUUUGAAUGUUUUUCUUACUUAUGCAAAAUUGCACAUAUUCCUUUACGCUGACUUUAAUUUAUCAUGAAAGCUGUCAUAUUAAUGGAAAAUGUCUUAUUUGUAAAUAAGUAUGCAUAAUUUUGUUACUGGUGUUUUUAUCUAGAAUUUGAAAAACCAAGUUUCACAAUGUACAUAUAUAUGUAUAUAUUGCCAAUAGUCCAAGGUGAAAAGAGAUGCUGAAUGAGGCCACAUAAAUUGGCCAUGACGCAAAUACCACAAAAUAGAUACUUCUUCCUGCCUUUCCUCUUCCAGUGCCUAGGCUGUUCAGUCCAGAGAAAUUUAAUUAUUUUAGACAACAUGAUGAUGCUUUUCCUUCAUGUUGUAAGUCAAAUGAAACCAAUCAUAUCUUACACCAAUCAUAUCUAGCAAGAGCUAGCAAACUGUGGUCCAUCAUCUAAAUCCAACCUAUAGCCUGUUUCUGUACAGCCCACAAGCUAAGGAUGGUUUUUACACUUUUGAGUGGUUGGAGGAAAAUAAUAAUAUUUUGUGUCAUGUGGAAACUGUAUGAAAUUCAGAUUUCAGCAUCCAUAAAUAAAGUUUUAUUGGAACACGGCCAUGCUCAUUCAUUUAUGUGUUGCCUGUGGCUGCUUCACACUACAAAAGGCAGAGUUGAGUUCUUUCGACAGAAACUGUGUGAACCCAAAGACCUAACAUAUUUGCUAUCUGGCCCUUUACAGAAAAGUUGUUGAGCAUGAUUUACACUAAGGAGCUGAAAGCCACGCCUGCAGCUUGUCAUUAUGCUCAAGACCAACCCAAAGCCACGGUAUCCCUGAGACUACCAGCAGAGGGCGCGCAUGGGCCCUGCAAGUACAGCAUAAUUUAGUCCGGGCUGUUUUUUUGGUACGGGCUUCUUGAAGACAAAUAGGGAGAUGUCCCAUUUAGGAUGAUUCAAACCCAAUCACAUUAUCUUUCUUAAUAGAAGAUGAAAGGCUUCGAGAAGCAAAACUGAACCAAUUCACUGAAACAUUUUUUUUUCAGAUACCAGCAUUAAGUAAAUGAGAUUUUAACUUCAUUUGGAGCCAAGGCUCUAGUUGAAAAAUUAUGUUCCAUUCAUUUUUAUGGCACGGAGUCAUGCAAAGUAGGUUUUCAAAUCAUUGCAGAAUUGUCAGUCCAAAAUUUUAUUAUAUGCUUACUUCCUGAUGAAACUGUGGCAUUGUUCCUUUAUUCAUUUAUAAAAUGAAUUUAUCUUUCAUUUUAUUAAUAACUAGAACAUCUGCCUCUAUUAAGAUUACCCAAUGCACAUUGCAAAAUAAUAAAACUGCUUGUGUUUAAGUAGCUGUUAGAACUAAAUUUCAAUGUAAUGUGGCGUUUUCCAUAUUCAAAAACACAUCUGUCCUGCAUCCCUUGUCAACGCUCUAUUUUCUAUUUCAUGAGGUAUCUUUUGCUUUUUUUUUUUUUUGGUGCCAAGAUGUCAUUCAGUGAAAUUUCAAUGAGUGGAGGAGGCAUAAUCCAGAAUUUAGGAUGAAAACAGACUUUGGCGAUGCUUCUCCUUAAAUUAGAGAAAAGUAACUUUUCCAAACUCACACGAAGUAGCAGACACUUGAACACAAAGAGCCUUGAUUAUGCUCCAUUUACCAACAUGAAGGAUGCCCGUCAUUGCAGACUCACCUCUGAGAACCCAGGCUCCUUAAUUUGUUAUUCUCUUCCCACCACAUUUCACCUAAGUACUAGCAUGCUUUGCAUGUUAAAUUUCCAAGGGAAACAAGUUAACCCUAUAAAGGGGUGAAUUCUAACUAGUUGAAAUACUUUAUCUGGCUUUUUCUGUGUCAAGCCUUUCUUCCAAGCCUAUGCUUAAGCCCAACUACAAAGAAAGUCAAAUCAAUAGGAAAAAAAUGUGUUCCUAAAGACAGUGUAUUUAUUGCUUGGCAUUUAGUACCUUUCCUUUAACUUAUAACAUGUCCAGUUUCACCUACCCUACUAACUAGAACCAUGUUUAUUGUGGCACAUUUUCCAAGAUUGAUAGAUGUUACGUGCUGUAGGAUACAGAUGUUCUUGAUCACAGCAUUGUACCAGCCUUUUAAAAAGUGAAUUUAUACACGCAUGGACAUUAGUUUCAAUAAACUUGUUUUGAUAUGCA